GGAAUAGUUAAAUGACAUUUGUGCCCCUGCUUAAUUUGUUGCCCUCUUAAUUAUGUUCAGUAAUGAACAGUAUAAUGGCAUUUUUGCCCUAAUGCACAGCGACAUAACUCUUUUGCCUGACCGCUUCUUUUUGGAGAAACCAAAGCCGCUUCAUCGAAAAGAAUUGAGAGAGAGAGGCCUCAGAGAUCAUAGUCGUCUUCUCAAACUAUCUCCCCGUCUCUUUCCAUUUCUCUCCGCCGCCGCCGCCGUCAUAAUCACAAGCACCGACUCUCCGCCACCGUCUCCGACGGACGAUUCUGAUGCCUCACCCGUUGGGUCUCCCGAUCGCGCCUCCUCUGAGAUUCAACGACAGCCGUCCGACGAUGACAUGAUCAAUCGCCUGGGACCAGCGGUCUCUCUGAGGAUCUGAAACAAAAAAUUAUUAAGUAGGCAAGUUCUCUCUGUCUCUCUCUAUUUGAGCAUGUGGAUAAUGAACCCUAGGAGCUUAAUAUAUGUUUGUCUCUCACUAAAAAAAAUAUAUCCCAAUCCAAUGUAAGCAAAGAAAAGAAUGGUUUUAUUCCAAAACGACAUGAAAACCCAUCUCUCUUUUACCAACAAAACAAAACCCCAAAAUUUUGACCGCAAAUUAAUCAGACUUUCCUGAGACUCUCCCCAUCUUGGACGUCAACGGUCGACCCAUCGACCCAUCAGUUUUCACUUGUCAAACCCAAGACGAGCCAUUCAUUCUCGCACCUUUCACUUCUGCUUCUGUGUAAGGGACGAGAGAGAGAGAAGAAGAAUGAAUAAGGGGGGAGGUGCAGCGUCAGGUGGCGGAUUGGGAGGUGGGGGAAGUGGGCCCACUGCGGCUGCGGCGGCAGCAGCAGCUCAGAAGCAGAAGGCGUUGCUGCAGAGAGUGGAGACGGACAUCGCCAACAUCGUCGACAAUUUCAGCUCCCUCGUCAACGUCUCCAGGGUGAACGAUCCUCCUGUUAGAAACUCUCAAGAAGCUUUCAUGAUGGAGAUGCGUGCAGCUAGAAUGGUUCAGGCAGCUGAUUCUCUGCUCAAGUUGGUGUCAGAACUGAAGCAGACGGCAAUUUUUUCGGGAUUUGCCUCCCUUAAUGACCAUGUAGAGCAAAGAAUAGUGGAGUUCAACCAGCAGGCUGAGAAGACCGACCAGAUGUUGGCUAGAAUCGGAGAGGAGGCAGCUGCUAGCCUCAAGGAGCUUGAAUCCCAUUACUAUUCUUCUGCACUGAGGACUAGUGAAAACUUGCAGCCAUGAACUUGACAAUAAUUUAAACUAGACAUUAGUUUGGUGAUUGUUUCUUGAAUCAUGUAUACACAGGCAGAAACAAUGUACUUGUACGAUGCAAACAGAUUUUCACUCUUAAAAUAUCUUUUAUUUUCGCC